AUUUUUCAGAAUGUUGAUGCCUCAAAAAAAUCGUGUCGCAAUUUACGAAUAUCUUUUUAAAGAAGGUGUAAUGGUUGCUAAAAAAGAUUACCAUGCACCAAAACAUCCGGCACUUGAAAAUAUUCCAAAUCUGCAGGUGAUUAAGGCGAUGCAGUCUUUAAAAUCUAGGGGAUUUGUUAAAGAACAAUUUGCUUGGAGACAUUUUUAUUGGUAUUUAACCAAUGAUGGUAUUGAAUACCUGCGUGAUUACCUUCAUUUACCACCUGAAAUUGUGCCAGCAACUCUUAAGAGAAAAAACCCUUCAGAAAAUACAAGAGCUAAACCUCCAAUGGGUCCCAGAAACGAAACUUCACGACCAGCUGAAGAUCGUGCUGGUUAUAGACGUGGACCAGGUGGACCCGGAGACAAAAAAGCAGAUGUCGGUGCAGGUACUGGUGAAUUAGAAUUCCGUGGAGGUUUUGGACGUGGAAAAGCUCCUCAAUAAAUGUACCUUAAUAUGAAAAUUUA